ACCCCCGAGCCCCAAACCCCUCCUCCUCGCGCACCGGGAGCAGUGCCAGACCCGGACCGAGACCAGGACUGAGACCAGGACCGAGACCAGGACUGGGGCUCAGGAUAGUUCAGGAUAGUUCAGGACAUUUCGGAAGGGUUCGGGAUGUCUCGGCUCCUGGAGAAGAAAGCGGACAAAAUGAAGGAGAAUAACGCAAAGAACAAAGAGAAGGACAAAGGUCUAAAGCUGCGUGAGAAGGAGGCGCGGGAGCGAGAGGUGCGCUCAGGAAACGGUCAUCUGUUCACCUCCAUCACUGUGUCCUCCACCACCCUCUGCUCCUCCUGCAAUCGCAGCAUCACAGCUAAAGAAGCUCUGAGCUGUCCAGGAUGUAACGUGACGAUCCACAACCGCUGCAGAGACAGUCUGCCCUGCUGCGCCAAGAUGAAACAGAAGCAGACAAAGUUGACGUUGUCCAGAAACAGUUCUGCUCUUCAGACAGUCUCCAUGAGAACCAAAAGUCAGAUCCUGAAGGAGCGUCCCACGUCAGCGAUUUACCCGUCGGACCUGAGGCUCUCCAAACGGGUGCGCUCGGGUCUGUCUCUGUCCAAAAGCGUCUCCACCAACAACAUCGCAGGUGCUGGGGACGAGGCCGUGGGGCUGCGCAGAAUUCUGUCUCAGUCUUCAGAGUCUCUAAACUUCAGGAGCAGAACUUUGUCCAUGGAGAGCCUCACAGAUGAAGGGGAGCAGUGGUGGAGCCCCCUGUUGGAGGAGCUGCAGAAGGACACUCGGGGCCUGCACUUGGACAGUUGGUCUUGUGCUGUCGACCCAAACUUCCUCCAGACUCAGCACAAGGACGUGAUCAAGCAGCAGGACGUCAUCUAUGAGCUGAUGCAGACGGAGCUCCAUCACGUGCGGACUCUCAGGAUCAUGGAGCUGUUCCGCAGGGGGAUGCUGGAGGAGGUGCAGCUGGAGCCGGGGUUGGUCCACUCCCUGUUCCCGGUCCUGGAUCAGCUUCUGGAGCUUCACUCCCCCUUUCUUCAGGAACUGCUCCAGAGACGAGAAGCUGGACUCCAGGAAGGAAGCACCAACAACUACACCAUACGGAGACUGGGAGACCUGCUCGUCAGACAGUUUUCGGGCUCAAACGCAGAGGAGCUGAAGAAGGUGUACUCUGAGUUCUGCAGCCGACACCCCAAAGCCGUGCAGCUGUACAAGGAGGUGUUAGCACGAGACCGCCGCCUCCAGCAGUUCAUCCGGCGUGUGAGCCGAGGGCCGCUGCUGCGUCGUCACGGCGUCCAAGAAUGCAUCCUACUGGUCACUCAGCGAAUCACCAAGUACCCUGUCCUACUGCAGAGGAUCCUGGACUGCACCAAAGCAGACCCUGAGGAGUCGUCGGUUCUGUCUCGAGCUCUGAAGCUGCUCAAAGACCUCCUGAGCUCUGUGGAUCGGGAGGUUUUGGAGCUGGAGAGGACUCGCAGACUCCAGGAGAUCCAAAGCCGUUUGGACCCUCGCGCCGAGACCCGAGUCCGAGGAGGAGUAUUCCGAUCGGGGGAGCUGCACCGCAGACGCCUGCUGCACGAGGGGGCCCUGCUCUGGAGGCUCCAAGGCUCACGCAUGAAAGAUGUGCGUGUGCUGCUCAUGAACGACGUCUUGGUUUUUCUUCAAGACAAAGAUCAGAAGUUCACCUUUGCAUCUCUUGAUAAGUCCCCUGUGGUCUCACUCACCGGGCUCAUCGUGCGGGACAUUGCGAAUCAGGAGAAGGGUUUGUACCUGAUCAGCGACUGCACUCCUCCUGAGAUGUACGAGAUUCACACCAGCUCCAAGGAAGAACGCAAGACCUGGAUCAACAAGAUACAACAGGCUGUGCUCAGUUGUCCAUCUCGAUCUGAGUUUCCGUUGAUUGAGACCGAAGACAAGGCUCUGCUACGGCGCCUGCGAGCCGAGAUACAGCAGAAGGAUCGGGAGGUUUUGGAGCUGCUUCAGGAGCGGUUGACUCUGUUCUCAGACCUAGUCCAAGCCACGAGUGCGGACCCGGAUCCAGAGAGACCCAAGACGGACUUCAGCCGCCGCCUUUUCCGCUCGGAUUCUGGCCCUGCCCCCCAGGCCGAACCGCUGCUCAAUGGCGCCAUCUCUGAAGUGGAGAAGCUGAGCGAGCUCAUGAUGGACUGUAAGAUCCAGAGGAACUCAGACCGAACCUCGCAGCCAAUCAAUGAAUCGGCUCUAAACGGCUGUGUACUGGUGAACGGCGGCUCCUCACAGGACAAAAAUGGAAACCAGCUUCAAGAGUCAGCCCUGACUCAGGAGGUGUGUCGGCGGCUGGUGGCUCUCAGUUCACAGCUCCAUGCGCUGCAGGCCGCUGUCAUUCGUCAGGAUUCGCUCCUGGAGCUGUCCAUCAGGUUAGGGCCCACCCCUCUGAAUGGGGGCACGGGGCAGGAUGGGGAAGCGGGACUUCUGCGCCGCCAGGUGACUCUUCUGCAACAAGAAGUUACACGGCUCUACGCUCUCGUCCCAUUGCCCGAGCUGAGACGCCAUGCUCGCGCUCCAUUGGCCGAUCAGGAAGAGGACGCUAUGGAUGGGACCAAUGAGAACACGUCUCAGCGGUCGGACAGCCCCCGAGAUCUGCAGGAUAUUCCUGAAGAGAGUGAGACCUGACCACCCCUGGGGUCACAUGACCACACCUGAGGUCACCUGAGGUCUCAUGACCACACCUGAGGUCAAACAUAAACUAAUUUCCUCUUAUUCACUGUUGACUUUUUAAGAGCUGCUCUGGACCGUCUGGAAGUUCUGCUGAUUCAAAAUGAAAAACCAAAAAAUGUUUCAUUGGACCUGGUCUCAACCUUAAGAGGACCUGGGUUCAGGACUCUGUGGGGGCGGGGCCAAUGGGUGGGGGAGCCCUGCGGCCCCUUCCAAAAGUGACGUUACAGAGAUGAAUGACAUCUCUGUUCAAUUUCAAGGCAGCAAAAAUAUAAACAUUGAUUUUAAUGUUUGUAAAUUUUAGAUAGAUUUAAGUGUUUUUUUAAUUCAAAUAUUGAAAUUAACGGUAAAGAAAACACCAGAGCGAAGGCGGUUCAUCAAAGUGGACUGUUGCAUGCAGUGACCUGGUGUAACCAUGGCAACUGGAACAGACCAAACCAAGUGGAGACUGUAAACUUGAACUUGUAAAUGAAGCAGUUGAGUCUAGUUUAGUACUUCCAGUGGAAACCUUCAGUUUGUGCUUUAAAAGCUUUGUAUUUAAAGCUUGCUGUAUUUAAAUGGUUUGUUACAUUUCUGAGCUGUAGCUGAGACUAAACCAGGAUUUCAUUAGUGAAUCCGGUGGUUCCUUUGGGACUGAGGUGGGGAUAAUCCUAACCCUGAAGAAGACCCUAACCCUGAAGAAGACCCUAACCCUGAAGAAGACCCUAACCCUGGAGAAGACCCUAACCCUGGAGAAGACCCUAACCCUGAAGAAGACCCUAACCCUGAAGAAGACCCUAACCCUGAAGAAGACCCUAACCCUGGAGAAGACCCUAACCCUGAAGAAGACCCUAACCCUGAAGAAGACCCUAACCCUGGAGAAGACCCUAAACCUGAAGAAGACCCUAACCCUGGAGAUGAUGCUGGAGCUUAAAACAUUUAUUCAAGUGAAACAUGAAGAGCAUUUCAUAAAAAAGUGAAGACUGUAACGAUAAAUUAGAAUGUUUUAAAUCAACGCUGUUCAUCUUUAAACUCUGCUGUAAAACUGUGCACGUGAGAGCCGUGCACAUAAGGACAGUGCACGUGAGCUGCAAGAGGACAGUGCACAUGGCAGAUUGUUGCAUGUGCUUUUGUUUAGUGCUUGUAUGGAGGGAUGGGACGAUAUUAAAAUUUAGAUUCACAAUCGCGAUUAACGAUAUUAUCACCAUAAUUAUGAAACCAAGGUUCAAGUGUUUUUUUUUUGCUGCAAGUGAAGUUAACAAUGAAUAAAUGAUAAAUGUGUCAAUUAUAUAACUCUUGACAUGAACCAACCUGAGAAAGACCCAGAAAAAUGAUCUGAUGAAGGACACGCUGCACCAACCAUCAGCUGUGCAAAAUGAUAUUUAGCCAAUGCUACCAUUAUUCAUACAAAUCCAAACUAACACAAACUACAAUCAGUAGCUUAUUGUGUGUUAUUUAUGAUGGAUACUUUCAGCUCAAGUUUGUCAAAAGAUGCAGGAUGGUCUCGUAAAUGUGCGUGUAAGUUGCUGGUGUUUGCCCUCAGAGCCGUAUCUUUUUUUGAGCAGACUCUGAGGAUUGGUGGCUCAUCUUGACAAAGAACCAUCCUUAAUUCAGAAUAGGCACAGAAGCUAACAUGUGUCAUUGCUCUGAUGGAGCGCCUCCUUGUGUUUAAACACCAGAACUAACAUCUAAACAUUAUACUGAAACUGGAAACAUGAGUCAGUCUGGUGCCGUAAAGGCGAUUAUAAUCAUGUGCAAUGAUCACAAUUAUUAAAAAAAUGCAACAAACGAUUAAAUGUGGAACAUUUUGAUCGCGAUUAGCCAUAUCAUUGUAUAUAUUGUCCCAUCCCUACUUGUAUGUUUAUGGUGCUGUUUUAGAGUAGAACUGAUCAUGUGACAUAUUUUAUAAAGUUAUUCAAAAUAAAGUGUUUU